UCGCAUGGCAAGCAAUGGGCGCCGAGUUCCUGUUCCAUUCCGCAUGCGGGUAAUGAAAAAAAUAGGGGUUACAAUUCGUUUGUUCUUUUUGUUUUGUUUGGCUCUUUACCCUUUAUUAACGUCCACCCUCGAAAGUUCACCUCUGGUUACGAUAGCUGCCGAAGAUUUGACUGUGACAGGUCGUUUCGACGUGUGUGGGCCGGAAGAAUUUCCCUGUGGCAACACGUCAAUUUGCCUGGACCGAAGCUUGCAUUGCGACGGCAUCCAACAUUGUGAUGGCAACGAAGAUGAAGAGGGAUGUGCCGAUGCAUACGGCAGUCUGUCGUCAUUGGUGAAGGGUAUGCCUAAACAUGAAGAGUUAGAAGAUGUCGUUUUUGACACGUCUUUCGAUAACUGCAGUCUCAUGAAUGUGCCGGAGUCUUGCGAUUGCAGAUUUUUUACAUUUCUCUAUUGUCAAAACGAAAAUAUCACAGCAGUACCUCGAGGUGUGCGCGGUCCUCUUACCAAAAUGGUCCUAACAAAUAAUUCCUUGAGUUCCUUUCCAAGGGGAGCGUUUUCUGAAUACCAUGGGCUGAAAAUAAUACACGUGGAAGGGAACGUCAUCCCAGUGCUAACUCCUGGACCUUUUCUGGGAUUACGCAAUGUUACAUUUCUGCUCUUGAUGAAAAAUCAAAUCAAAGUGAUUGAACCAAAAACAUUUAAAGGACUCGAAAAUCUACAGUGGCUGCUUAUGCAAUGCAACCUUCUAAGAGAGCUCAAUAUGGAAGUUCUGGAGGAUCUUCCUUCCCUUGAAGUUUUAGAUUUGGCUGAAAACAAAUUGACAGCUCUAGGAACAUUCCCCACUUUGAACAGACUAUUUUGGCUUGGGCUAGGUAAAAAUUUUUUGGAACGAAUAGAAAAAUCUACUUUCGAAUACUUGACAGCACUUGAAGUAUUGAUUUUGAAAAAUAACCUCAUAUAUGAUAUUGAAGAAACAGCGUUUUCAACUUUAGUGAAACUUCUGGAGCUAGAUAUUUCCCACAAUCGCCUGAAAUAUUUGAAGCCGAAAAUCUUUUGGAAUCUGAAAAAUCUCAAUAAAUUAAAUCUAGAGUUCAACAUGAUCUCCUCCUUUCCGAGUGACAUAUUUCGCGGAUGUUAUUCACUGAAAUCAUUAGAUCUUCAAGGGUUGGAAAUAAAUAAUAUCGAUAUAAAACUUUUCCAUCGAUUAUCAGAUUUAGAAUUUAUCUACUUUAAGAAAUUUCUGUACUGCAGUUAUGCACCUUAUGUUCGAAUUUGUUAUCCAAAGACUGAUGGAUUAUCAUCUACCGAGCACUUAUUAGUAUGGCCGGCCUUAAGAAUGUCUGUCUGGAUAGUAGCUCUAAUGACUUGUGCCGGUAAUACCGUUGUUUUAACCUGGCGUGUUUUAUCCAGAAAAGAAGACAGAGUACUUUCUUUGUUUAUCAAGAACUUGGCAUUUGCAGAUCUCCUGAUGGGAAUUUACUUGGUAGCCGUUGGGGCUCAAGAUAUGUCCUUUAGAGAUAAAUAUAACAAGUACGCUCAUGCCUGGUUGUCAAGCUGGCACUGCACAGCAUGUGGUAUUAUCGCUAUGGUCUCCAGCGAAGUAUCUGUUCUAAUACUUUCCCUAAUAACGCUAGAAAGGUACCGUUGCAUCCGAACAAACGUUCGAGUGGUAACACUUUCUGGCGCUCGGUACAGCUUGGCAGCUGUUUGGAUAAUCGGAUUUGUGCUGGCAAUAAUACCAAUACUGAAAUAUUCUCAUGAACAAGGAUUUUAUUCAAGCAAUGGCCUUUGCAUACCGUUACAUAUCAGUGACCCCUUCUCAUUCGGGUGGGAAUAUUCCGCAUUUGUCUUCUUUGGCAUCAACUUCUCAGCUGUGAUAUUAAUUAUAGUUCUAUACGUAAGGAUGUUCAUUAUCAUCAAACGUGAUCGUCAGUCUGCCAGACCUGUGAUUUUAAAGAAACAUGAGGAUGCAGUUUUAGCCCUCAGGUUUUUUUUCAUUGUGCUUACGGAUUGUCUUUGCUGGAUACCCAUUGUCCUAAUCAAGCUAUUGGCUCUUGUAGGAGUCGCUAUUUCUCAUAAUCUUUAUGCAUGCGUUGUCGUUUUCAUUUUGCCGAUAAAUUCAGCUCUGAACCCAUUCCUCUACACAAUCGGCGCCAGGACGGAACUUAGGCGGAGGAUUGAAAAGUGGUUGGAAAGAACUUGGAUAUGCCUUCAAAGAUUUGAAUGCGUUGUCAGAUCAGGUCAGAAAAUUCCAGGUCCAACUUCCUCACCUCUUACACAGAGCCUCACGACGACCGAAAGCAGAUCUGUGAGCAGUGGUUCGAUUCUCCCUUCUUCAACAUUAACUACUUCCACUGGUGGUGAAACCGAGCGUUGUGUAAUGUACCACAGUAGACGAGACAGUGAGUUGUCAACAGCUAUCUGAUGGCAAAGCUUGAUAUCCUUUAAGCGGACCAACAAGAAUCAUUGCUUGGGAUUUCCAGACGGAGCAUUCUUUUUCUUUCUUGGUUCUAAAGCUCGGCAUUCCCCAGGAAGAUGCAAAGAACUUUCAGUUGCAAAACUAAUUUUUCCCAUUUUGAUGCCAAGCUGUACUGUAUAUCAUUUUUCAAAGUCGUGAAGUAGAUAAGACUUGGCAUGAAGAAAACUUAAAAGCAUAUGGAAUACUUAUGAAGUGUAUAAUACAGAAGUUACAUGAAAUAAGAAUAAGUACAGUAAUAUCUUCUGAAUAUCAAAACCAAAUAUUUAUCUUCACAUUUUGACCGUAUAAAUUACCCCUUUGCUCAGUGUCAAAUGUGUGCAGUGCAAUGAUUUGUGGAAAAUAUGACGUCCGUAAGUGUAUUUUCGUAUUUAAAUUAAGGAUCUAUGUGUAUAAAAACUUUUUGUAUUUUUUAAAUGUGGACAUUUUUAUGGUGAAGCAUAAAUAACAAGUCAUUAAUACGUGUCUUUUGCGUCAUAUGCAUAAAACACCCGUUCCUAAUUUGGUCAUUUUAUUUAUCAUUCAUUUAUAAACCAUUAUCUUUCCUGUUGCUUAUAAUGUACGAAGUGUGAAAGUGUAUUGUAAUGAUUUCCUUUCCAGAAGAUGAAAUUAUUCUAUACAUACUUAUAAAAAGGAGAAACGUUACUGUUUUAUGUAUGCAUGGUGGUACUUUCUUUCACAAGUAGGAAUAAAUGAUUAUUUAAAUUACACUGUGAGUCACGUCUGAUGGAUCUGCUUUGAAUUUCCUUAUUUCGCUAUUCCAGUAAAUAUUCGGUGUUAAUUGUGCAUUGCUUUCUCAUAGAGUAUGAAUUAUUUUAUCCAAAGUUUAAAUACGUGCUUAGAAAAUCAAGCAUUUUGUUACUUCAGUGUGGUUACAAAAAGAUAGCUUGAUAAUUUCAAAAAAAAGCAUUAAAUAUUUUUUGUACUGUUUGUUGACCUAAUAUGACAAAAGCAAUCAAAAUACCUAUAGCAACAUCACUAUUUCUCUAAUGCCGCAAACGAAUAGAAAUUUCGUGAGCUGUUUGAAGCAGUUAGAAGACGGAAAUUUGCAUAAUGGGGAAAUAAAUAUAUUUUAUACUAAUAAGUCUUUAAUGUUGCAAUUGUAAGCUAAUUUUACUGAACAUAAACUUCGUUCUUAAAAUAACUGAUGCUAACUUUGUUAUUUUCAACAAAAAAAAAAAAAAAAAAAAAAAAAAAAAAAAAAAAAAAAAAAAAAGAGAGAGAGAAUGAAUUCAAGAAUUCAUUUCCUUUUAUAAUGCAUUUUCAGCUGCAUAAAUACCCAUAACUAUUUAUUAACUCUUCACUGAAACAUUAUUUACAUUAGUACAGCAAUACUACAAAAUUUUUAACUCUUCAUUAUAUUCCAUAAAAUCGUUACUAAACUUGAAAAGGAGCCAAAAUUCACUUGCAUUUUGCCUAUCAUACACGCUUAUGAAAAGUAAUUAAUACGGGCAUGAGCUUUUUGCUAUCAAACGUAUGAGUUCUAGAACACUGAGCUGCUGGUUUGCAGUUUUUUAGAAAGCUGAUUUUAAGCUCUUUUUUUUCUUUUUAUAACGGAUUAAAACAUUAAUUUUAAGUUUUAUUGAAAUUCUAAAGAAAUGUGUUAAUAGAGAAACAGCUGCAAUAGCAACUGAAUAUCCAGAUGUAUUUAGUUGAUCUCUAGAAAAUUCUACUUUUUUUUUUUUUUUAAUCAAAAAAUGAAAUAUGUUCUAAUGUCACUAAUUAAUAUCGGCAGAAAAGCUCGAAUUUUGCAAACGCCUAAUCUUCAGUCAGAAAAUUCCGUUACCCUAUACAAAUGUAACCGAAACUGCAAAAUCAAGUUGAGUGAUCCAGUGCUUAAAUGAAUUGGUAACUCUAAUCAGUACGAUGCUUGAGUGAAUUUCAAGUCGAAUGAAAAUUCUCAACUGUAUAUCAACAGAAGUAAUCUCAUCUUGCAGAUUAUUUAACGUUUUUAAGUGUUAUUAUGCGUUUUAACAAGACUGCAUAAACAUUCUGUAAAUGCGCAUUAUGAGGAUUUUUUAAAAAAGACCAUUCGUAAAGUUAAGUAAAAAAAAUUCAAUGUGAAAACUUAUUUUGUAGAACACUGGUAACUAAAGCGCUAAAAAACCUAACAACUGAAUUUUAAAAUUAAUUCAUAGCUCUUUUUACAUAAAAAAUAUGAUCGUUAUUUCUACGCAAACAUUCAGAAUGUUAUGACCUGGCUCAUAAAAUUCCAGUAACAUGAUAUUAGACGUAAUAAUAGUGACUUUGAAAUAGGAAGCUAUACUAAAGAUAAGAUUUUUUUUCUUGUUACUUUCAUGUUGUCAUUUAGCUUAAUAGCAGGCAUUCAGAUCCUUUUUGAGAAGAUCCGUUUGGAUAUAUCUUUGUGGUUGCAAUUUUAAAUCAUAAUUCAGUAACUCCAAUGAGUAUAUUGCCAAUGAAUAAGCAUGACAUCAUUCGAAACCGAAAUGAUGGUUGAUUGGUUAACUAAUUCUGGCAAAGCAGCUGAAGGAUAGCUUCUUUAGUAGAAAUAGCUUCAUAGAGGACUUCCUGAAAGAAACUGACUCGUUAUAUUAUACAUUGAGAAAAGCAUGAAAUUACAUUAUACAUUGAAAAACACAUAAAAACUCUAUUCAUUCAACUCUUCUGUUAGAAACAGAACCUGGCACGAACUACCACUAUUCAGUAGUUCUAUCCGUUCAUCUCCUGAUAAACCAAAGCUAAAAUACAAUUAUACAACAAAGAACCAUGCUUGAUGUUUCUAUCCGGCUGGAUGAUUCGAAAUUCUUAAUUGGUCGUAGCAAAGAAAAAAAAAAAAAAAAAAAGUGUAUCAAUGUCAUCAGCAUAUUUAAUUAAUUUAGGUUGUUUUAAAGUAAAUUUAAAUGAGAUUCGCGAACUAUUGUUUGUAUUUUAUUCUUGUAUAGCAUAUACUGAUUGAUUGUAACUUAAGUUUUAUAUUUCACUUAGAGCGGAAUAAGACUUGUAUGGAAAUUCUUUCUGAAUCCAUAUGUGUGUCAUAUAUUCAUUUGGGAAAAUGCUACCUACAUUUACUUUAAUUGAUACUGCUACGUCAGGUGAUUCAUCACUUAUUCAUAACCUUCCUUUUGAUUUGUUUCAAUUGAUGCAAUUUCCCUUUUCCUAGAAAACUGUUUAUACAUUUAUACUCUCAGAUACACUUUUUCGUAUCGUUUAUAGAAAGGUCCCUAUAGGGCCUUUUAGCUAUAAAAUUUCAGGUUGAAAAUUUUUAGACUAAGUGAUUUAAAAUAAUCUAUUUUUAUAAUAAUAAGCUUUAUCAUUAAUAAGGAAAUAAUAAUCUUCGAAAGAUAGAUCAAGGGAAUGAAUAAUUUAUCUCUUCGAAACAAAAUUAUGGAUAUAUCUCACUAUGCUUUAAUAUCAAUUGUGAGAAAACUGAUAAGAUUCUAACUUCAAUAAAAACAUAUAUAAACAUUUUUACACAUUUCAUCUUUCACGUUUCAUGUUCAUCAUAUUACCGUGAAGAUUUAAAAGUAUCCAGAUAACUAUAAUACAUGAAAUAAAACCGUCUAGAAUUUAUGUUGCUUGUAAGUAGAAGUUACGAGUAUGAAAUUCUUAAUUCAUGAUUGCUUGGGGAAAAAUACUCUUAUUUUAAACAAAAGUGCUUUUUUAAAUAUAAGAGAUCUUUUGUGCAUUUCGAGAACUUUAGUGUGCCAAAGUGUAUAUUUUCUCAAAGAGAACCUUCCGAAUUUAAAGAAAUAUUUGUAUGUAAAUGAAAGUUUGUGCCAAUUUCUUUUGAGAUGGAUGUAAUCAUUGUAUAAAUAUUUGUAAAUAAAACUCAGAAAUACUUGG